CGGUCGGUGCGUUGCGGGCGUUCCGGCCUCGAGAUCAUCCUGCCGGCGACGAAAACAUCGUCUUCGGGGAGGACGUAGUGAAGGCUGGAUCACGAGGAGACUUACCUGGCUCGUUCUCGACGACCUCGGUGCUCUCGUCACCGCUUAAGGACGACAUGUUCUCGUAUCGCUGGGCAACUCACGAAGUCCAGACUAGUCUCACGGCAAACCGCAAUCGCUACUGCCGCGCUAGCGAACCACGGACCGGAGCGAGAGACACACACGCACGCGAGGGGGGAGUUUCGAGUUCGCAUAUACAUGGCGCCCGGUGUGCGGCAUCAAAUGCGAAAAAUCAGCUAUUUCGAAGUCAUUUGCGCGAUACAUGAAUGCGGUUUGGAGCAGCCGAUCUAUUGGGAGGCUUCUUCGGUUUGUUGACAUGCUUGGUCGUGCGAAGCAGAAGUACAACGUGCGAAAAUUUAAAAAACUCGCGUCGAUAUUUCUAUAGUACUCCAGGCUUGAUGUCAUUGAUUUGAAUUGACUCUUUAUGAGGCUUUGAUUUGAACUUUUAUUUUUGGAGCAAGAUCAACAAUCAACAGGACAGUUCAGUAAUUGACGCUGGUAACUUGUUUAGUUUUCUAUAACGACUAAUAAAGUAUACUCGCAAAAUGACCACUUGGGAAUCGGCUGACAAACUGAUCAAGAAGGAGAUUAUUCGAGAAGGACAGUUUUCUAACAAGCCUACGGAACUGUCAGUCUGCACUAUACAUGUGGCCAAUCCUCAGUCAUUGGAUCUGUCCAUCGAACAGAUGAAAGAGAAUCUGUACAGCGAUAUAAUUGAUGCAGAUUCCAAGAAAGUAAUUGUCAUAGGCGACGCUUGUUCACAUGUUGACAGAUACAUAGAACGUGCUAUAGAAAUGAUGUCUCUGAAUGAGCACAGCUUAAUCACGGUACAAUUUCCUCCAGAUAGAACAAGAACCGAAACUAUUAUACUGUCAUUGGAGGUAACACUGGAGAAGGUUGAUUUCCACAAACGAAUAUGGGAAUGGAGUCUCGAAGAGAAGUAUCAGACUGCAUUGAAGUACAAGGAGAAGGGAGUUGAACUUUUUAAAGCCAAAAGAAAUGUUGAUGCAUUUCAUAGAUUUAGCAAGGCAUGUAAAACUCUCAUCACACUGGAGCCCAUUGAAGAGACGGACGAGACAAUGAAAAAUAUACUCACGCUCAAGUAUGUUCUGUACAAUAACAUGGCUGAAUGCCAGCUGAUUCAGGAAAAUUAUGAGCAUACGAUUACUCUGUGUAACAAAGUUCUAAGCAAAGAAGAGAAAAAUGUCAAGGCAUUAUACAGAAGAGGAGUGGCUUAUGGUAAUAUAAAGGACUAUGAAAAGUCAGUUAAUGAUCUGAAAAUUGUAGUUAGUAUUGAGCCUAAGAAUAAGAAAGCACAGGAGAAGUUCAAUAUCUUCAAUGAACGAUGGCGUGUCUCCGUUCAAGGGUAUGAAAAUAUAGUACGCAAGAUGUUCAAAGCUUAAAAAAUUGUGAUAUAUACGUAUAUAUUUCUAAUACGUAUAGAGUUAAGGAAUCAAAUAAAAUUAUGAAAAUGUUGUUAUACAAAAAUACACGUUUAUUUUCACCUAUAAUCACUUACACCAAAUGUAUUCUAUGUAUGUUUUUUUUGUAUACAAUUUUUAUUCAAGUGCGACCAAAAUAAAAAGUGCAGAAUUCUCUUGUACGCUUUUAUUAAAUUACUAUUAUUUUCUAUCGUCUAAGUUUUAAAUAAUUAUGGCUCUGAUAUAUUUUUAUAGAAUAAAAAAAUUUAUUAUCAGCUUUUAAUUUUUUUUAUUUAUUGAUAAUGAAUUGAUAUUAUAUAUUAAAUUAGAAAAAAGACAACGACCUGAUUUCUCCGUAAUAAAUAAACACAAAACAACAAUGCAAUAGUUAUAAAUAAUCAAUUGGGACCAUCACCUAAUAUGAUACAAUGCAAUAAAAUCUUCAAUUUUUCACAGACCUUUCCAUUAUCGAAUCCAUUUUAGGAUCAUAAAUAUUGUAAUU